AUGAUGCUCACAUUAGAAGCAUUAGGCCACACUGAAUCAAAAAAUCUCAAAACCCAACUCAUAACAAAUAUUAAGGAAAUGUGUAAAUCAAAAUGGAAAGAUUCUUAUAUACCCAUAAUUAUACCUAUGGUUAACAUUAAGGAUAUUUUCACUGUAAAAUAG